AUGCCCAAGGCUCGCACUUCCACGGUCUGCAAUGCGCGCAGCGCUUGGGUGUACGACUGGAAGCUGGCGCGGCCUGACGGCUGGUGCGACACACGCAACGACUACAUGUCGGCGCCGCAGUGGCAACCGCAGGGGUCCCAGGAGACCCGCGCGGGGAGGCCGCCAUGGUGGAACUCCCGAUCGCUGCUCCCCACGCCCGAGCAGGAGCUGGACGCGAUCAUCAAGAAGUUCGAGACGAAGAAAGGGGGCUACACGUUGGACGUCGAUGUCCAGGCUCUCCGCGACUUCCGUGACAUGAUUGAGAGUGCAGCCCCGCGGAAGCCGAAGCGCGAGAUGCAACAGUCGUCGGCGCUCACGCAGGCAGUCAACAAGAAGGAGCAAGCCCAGAAGGAGCUGGAUUCGGCGACGGCGGCAUUGCUGGCGGCCCAGAAGCGUCUGGAGGAGGCGCAGAGGGCCCAAGAUGCGGCGGCGUUAAACAUGGAGGAAGCGGAGUCGGAACACCUCAAGGUUCUUGAUGAGUACUACGCGCAGUCCAAGCCCACGGAGCACUUGGACGGCCAUGCAGAUCAAGCGUGGCGGGCACCUGAGGUGGACGAGGCUCUCGUCCAGGAUAUUGACGAGUUCCAGCCUGAGGACAAGGCAAAGCUGCUCAAGUUCAAGCCUGACAUGCACGCAUACAACCAGUAUAAGGAGUUCGACGAGCUGGCGAAGCAGGCGAAGGAGCUACAGCGAGCGCACCAGGAGGCGAAGCGCAGGAAGGUGGGUGAGGAGGACGCGACGGCGGUCGCGGCCCCAAGCGCGCCCGCUGCUGCAGACGCGCCCACGAAGCAGGAGGAGCCCAAGGACCUGGAGGAGGAAGAGGCGGCCACAAGGGCACGCAGGAAGGCCGCACCGCAAAGGCUCAAGGACGAGUCCAUGUCCCGCCCGCAGGCGCGCAAGGCGCCGACCUCGACCCCCACGCCAGGAACCACUGGCACCAUGAAGCUCAGCAAGCACCAGAACGGGGACCACGAGCAGAUGGAUGAAAGGGGGCGCUGA